UGCGGCUCAUUAAAAGGCUGUGAAAGCGGAACGAGCGCGUGCCAGUCGGAACCUCAGGAGCCGAGCUCAAAGAGCAGAAAUGUCCACCAGCGGAGUAGAACCUGCAGCCCAGAACCCGCUGCUGUCCUCCAGCUUCUGUUUCAGCCCCUGGUCGUGUGCUUGUGCGAAGGCUUGGUCUGAAGCAAUGUGGGGCGGCGUUCCCAACCUGCGGCCCACCUCCUUGGGAUGCUCCUCCCCUGAACCAUGGCUCCUCCCUGGCUGCAGCUCCGUCUACGACAGCCUAGUCAGUAGCGUCUCUCCCACCCUGUCUCCUCCUGCUGCCAGCAGCCUGAGAGGACGAGAACGAGCAGCCGGCAGCAAACCUCGCAGGCCGUCCAUCUUGGAGCGAUGCAUCCUCAAAGUGUCCACCAGCAGUGUGGCCGUGGGGACGGAUGACGUGGACAGGAGAUCCUCCUACAGCCGCUGCUAUGGCCGUCUGCCGGACCCGGCCAACACGGAGACCAAUGCCGCGGUUCUGAAGAGGCGGCAGAAACAGAUCCAGUAUGGCAAGAACACCAGCGGCUAUCAGAACUACCUGCAGCAAGUCCCAAAACACCUGCGGGACUCAAAGCUCCACCCAUCUACUCCUAACAAGUACAGGAAGUACAGCCGGCGUUCCUGGGACAUGCAGGUGCGUCUGUGGAGACGAGCGCUGCACCUGUGGGACCCUCCUGUCAGCGACCAUCCUGUCAGCGACCAAUCAGAUGCCUUGGACACACCUGACCCGGUGGAGCAGCUGCAGAGCCAGCUGGCAAAGAUGACGUCGGACCUGUGUGAGGAUGGAGACGAGCAGAGAGAAAAGGAGACUCCUGCAGCCUCCGAAGCAUCCUCGGUGUCUCCUCGGCCAGUGGAGAUUCCCGGAGUUUGGACUGUCUCGCUGUCCCCGCGUCUAGAAACGAGCCGCCGGCCUCUUCGGUCUCCUCCUGGCUUAAGCUCCUCCCACAGGUGUCAGGUGACUCCUGAAGAUGACAUGAACGACUGGCUCUGCUCCCUGAUGGAGACCGACCGCGCUCCAGACUUUGGCUCUGAUGACCAGCAGGUUCCGGCGUUUUCGGAUCAGCUGUUCUGGAAUCCGUACUGAUCUGAAGGGGACUACUGAACCCACCUGGGGACCCUCUGACUUCGUGUUCAUCCUGAAAGUGUUUUGUAGUUUUUGAGGAUCCGGUUUUGUCUUUUAAGAUUGACUGCAGGGAUGUGGUCCAUCCCUGGACUGAGCUCCCUUCAUCCUUUGUGUCCAUCCCGAGGACAGGAGGAAGGUUGGACAGCUGGACACUGAUAUUGUUGAUUGCACUUUUUUCUGUCAAACUGCACUUGUCACCUGUAAGUCUGCACUGAGGGGAAAAAUGUCAACUGUUCCUGAAGCUUCACUCUGGUCCACCAUCACGUUGGUGCUCUGCUGUCUGGAUCGGCUUCUCCUCCUCACAUGCCGCCAUGUUUUUUCUUAAAAACAAAGCUCCUGAUCAGUGGAGAGAGCCGGCUGUUGCUUUGUGUGUGUUUGUUUUACUUUGUGCUACUUGAAAUAAAUCAAACUUGAUAAUAAAGAUUUAAAUAAAGUAUUCUAAAAUUAAA